UUAAACCAAACCACAACUUCACAGCUAUGCCAGGGUGGAGCACGGCGGUGCUUUAUAAAGAGAGCAGCGGAGCUCACAGAGAGAAGACAUCUGCAGCUGAAGUUCUGACUGUCACGAUGAAAACCCUCCAGGCUCUGACUCUCCUGGCUGUGGGCCUCUUUGUCGCCCAGGGUUCAGAGGAGAAUUCACUCCACCAGUUCAGACAAAUGAUCCUGUGCGUGUUGCCGAACAGCUGGCCUAUUUGGGACUACGCCGACUACGGCUGCUACUGUGGACUAGGAGGCUGCGGAACACCUGUGGAUGAUCUGGACAGGUGCUGCCAAGUGCACGACAACUGUUACGGAGAAGCUGAGAAAGUGGCUGAAUGCAACUUCUACCAAUAUCCUUACAACACGCUCUACAAGUACCAGUGUGACAAAGAAAACAAGACCAUCACCUGCAACAGCGACAACGGUAAAUGUGCGAUGUUCGUCUGCGAGUGUGACAGGAAGGCUGCAGAGUGCUUCUCCAGAUCUCACUACAAUCCCAAACACAAGCACCUGCCCAAGGAGCGGUGCCAUUGUUAAAGCUGGCAGCCAUCAUGUGCUUUUACGACACACUCACCUUUAAAGUGUCGUGAUCUCUGAAGGGGGCGAUUCCUCUUCCAGUAGAUUAACCAAACUACAACUUUUCUGCUGUAAUCUGCACCUACUUUCCUCCAGAGUCACGGUGUGAGCGACAUUCUGGACCUUUUGUUUUCCCUCUGACAUAUUCAGGUGUUUUACCAAAUGUCUACAUUUCAAUAAAAGAGCAGACAAAACGUUGG